AAGUUUUGUAAUAAUAAAAAGGAAAAAAUAAUACAGUGUCAACGCCGCGUACAGACACGACGCUGCUCCGUUAUCGUUGUUGUUAUUGUCGUCGUCGUUGUGGUUGUUGUUGAUGUUUUUGUUGUGGCGGCUAAGACCAAUCGCCGAGCCGAGAUGGAACCACCGUUGGUCCAGGAUCCAAUAGUGGAUGAUUCCGCCUUGGCCCACCACCAUCACAAUCAUAAUCAUCGCGCAGACUUUGAAUUUUCGCACCACGACGAUGAUGCGCCAGAGCAGCAGCAGCCACCGCAGCUACCAAGCGACGAAUCAUCCUGUUCAGACAAAGAAUCCGACCCAACCGCAGCAACAGAAUCGACAGAAGAAGCAGCAGCAACAGUAACGACCGAAGCCAGCAGCUUGGUCCAGGAAGCGCCGCUCGAUAACGAUACCGACUGCUCGUCCUCGUUGCUCGACCAAGUGGAUUUGGGCCCAACAGCAGCAGCAGAGACCACGACGACGCUUCUCGUCGACUCGUCCACGACUGUAGCAGAAGCAACGGAAGCAGAAGAGGAAGAAAAGGCACCGCUGCCGAGUCCUUCCGCGUUGACGCUCGACACGAGCGAAAAUAACGGUUUGCCGCUAUCCGAGAGCAACAGCAACGACAGCAGCAGCGAGAAUCGUCACACGUGCGAUGACACGCUCCAGCAACAAACUACUAUGGGUAGUCUGUCUACGAAGAGCUAUUCCGAGGAAGACACGAGGCUAGAUUAUUCCGAGAGCGUCGAGAAUCCUCUGGACGCCGCAGUGCCGGACGCAGUCCAGCCAGCUCCGUCGUCGCCCAGCUGUCCACUGGAGAUGGCCCGAAGACGGCUGAACGAGGUCGGCUCGCCGACGCCGCAACAGACGACUACGACUGCGACGACAACGACAACGACGACGACCACACCGAAGAAGGACUUUCAGCCGUUCGGCGCCGAGGUCUCCGAGGAGAAGGCCCAGCAGCUGAAGAACUACGUGAAGCGUCUGUCGCCGAUACACGUGAGCCAGCGCGAGCGAACACUGGGUGAAAUAUCCCUCGGCAGUGCGGGCAGCAGCAGCAACAGUAGCGAGGCCGACAGUGCGGAAAUAAUCGCCCAGGACGAUGCCAGCAGUAGUGGUAGUGGUGCGCGAUUGGUGCAGGACGAGUGCGGCGUCGCUGUAGCCGGUGGUAGUGCUGGUGUUAGCAGCAGUAAUAGUGGUACGACGACAGCGAUGACGACUAUCGACAGCAGCAGCAGCAAGCCCAGCGAUCCGAGGAUGAGAGAUCAGUAUCAACUGCGACAGGUGGUGAUCAGGCUGACGCGGAUCGACCGAUAUCCGCCUUCGCCCCCGCCGCAUGCCAGCGGCAGCGAUCAGGGCCACGGCAGCAGCAGCAGGCCGCGCUCGCCCUUCUCCGAGACGCCCAUGUCGCCCGUCUGCCCGUACGGAUCGAGCCUGAUCGUCGAGCGCUGCGAUUCGCCCGGAUACAUCGAGAAUCGCGUCCUCGAUCAGACCGGCCGGACGGUCAGCCACCUCGAUAAUGGCAGCGAGCGGCAGCAACAGUACCAGCAGCAGCAAGCACACCAGCAGCAGCAGCAGCAGACACACCAACACAGCCCGCGCUCGGUCGUCGAGAAGCUCAGCGUCGGCGACGAGAUCACCUUCUCCAGUCCGGCUUCGCCCGCCACUGGCGCGUUAUUGGCAGCGGCGGGUACCAGCGGACUAGUGGCGCGCGUCUCGUCGCCACCCGCGACCAGCAGCAGCAGCAGCAACAAUUUCACCCUGGUGGGUGGCACGCCGCUCGAGGUGGCCUCCACUACGGCGGACUCGACGGCCUGCGUGCUGGCGUGUAUGGCCGCGGCCGGUGCCGAUCUGUCCUGCCAGCAUCAGGGUGGCCUCACCCAGGCGAUCAUCCAGCGACUGGACCAACCCUUGCUGCCAGUCGUCAGUAGCCAUCACCAUCAUCAUCAACAUCAUCAUCAUCAUCAUCAGACGACGACGUACACGAGCCACGUAGGCGCCGAUGACUCGUCGUCGCUGGUCUUGUCGUCCUCGUCGGCCGUGGGCGUGGGCGCCGGCGCGCUACCCGACGAGGUGCGCUCCGACGGCAGCGACUCCGGCCUCGGCAACGAGAUCGCGCGCGAGUGCGAGCUCGCCGAGGCCUGCCCGACGUCGAUGCCGUCCUCGGCGGUCACCACGCCGGACUUCGACAUAGCCGAGACCUCGUUCCUGGAUCGGAUACCCGACGACAUUCUCAACGUCAAGGAUAAGCCGAUGAGUCAGCUGUACGGCAGCAGCGGCGAGGUGUUGAAGUCACCGACGUUGCCAAUCACAAGCAGCAGCAGUACCAGCGGCGCCAUCAACAUAAGUCAAAAAGUACCGACGAAGAGCAGCUUGAAGAGGCGGCGCUUGGAGGUGGUCGACGACUGCAUCGUCGGCGGACUGGACGACGCGCAGUCGACGACGCAUCUGUCCGGCGCCAGCAGUCCCAAGAGGCCCAACGUCCAGCUGUCGACGUCCGCCGCGUCGUCGUCGGUCGCGGCCGCAACGGCGUCCACUUCGACGACGACGACGACCACGACGACGCAGCAGCAGCAGCAGCAACAACCCAAGAAGAAGCGCAACAUACAGUUCGACGCGGUCACGGUCUAUUACUUCCCCAGGGCCCAAGGCUUUACUUGCGUACCGUCCCAGGGAGGCAGCACACUGGGCAUGCACGCGAGGCACGAGCACAUGGAGAGGUUCUCCCUGUCCGAGCACGCCGCGGAGCAGCGCCGCAAUCAUCGCGCUCGUCUGGCCCAGCUGCGCUCGGAACGUCGCUCGGCGGCCAUCGUCGCGGCCGGCGUCGUGGGCCAGGAUGCGAGCGUUAGCGGCAUCAACGCCGACAGCGUCAACAAUCUCGACGUCGGCGCGCCUGGCGCUCUACUGGACGUAGUGAGCGGCGGCGUUGGCGACGUCGGCGUCAACGUUAACGUCAACGUCGAUGACGCGUCCGUCGGCAACAGCAGCAGCAGCAGCAGCAGCAGCAUGCUCGGCGGCGGUGGCGGAAAUGUCGGAGGCGACGCAGCCUCGGGCUCGGAGAGCCACAGCGACGACACGGACGACGAGCCGAGCGACGAGCACGAAGAGGAGGACCUCGACAUGGACAGCUACUACUUCUUGCAGCCGGUGCCCACCUGGCAGAGGCGAGCUCUGCUCAGGGCCUCGGGGGUGCGCAAGAUCGACUCCGUGGAGAAGGACGAGUGCCGCGAGAUCAGGGCCAGCCGCGAGCACUGCGGCUGCGCCUGCAAGGGCUACUGCGACCCGGAGAGCUGCCCCUGCAGCCGUGCCAACGUCAAAUGUCAAGUCGAUCGGCAGGGCUUCCCGUGCGGCUGCUCGCGCGACGGCUGCGCCAAUCGUUCCGGCCGCAUCGAGUUCAAUCCCAUCCGCGUGCGCACCCACUUCAUACACACGAUAAUGCGCCUGAAGCUGGACACGAACGAGGCGCAGCAGCGCGAGGAGAAGCUGCGCCAGCAGAUGAUGCACGAGCAGCAUCACGCCAGACUGGCGGCGGCGGCGGUUUCUCGAGCUCCGCAGCAGCUUCUCACGUCUUCCUCGUCCUCCGGCUCCACGGGGACGACCGCCAACUGCACGACCGCUGCCUCGUCGUUGAUGGACUCGUCGAGCGACUGCCUCGGCGCGGGCUUCACCAGUCUGCACUACGACUCGUCGGACAGCGUCUCGUCGCGGCCCGACGGCCUGGACCUAUACGCGAUGCGCGACGACUGCUAUCCCACGGCCGCAGGUGGUACCGGUGGCGGCGACGCGGACGGCCUCGGCGACACGGGACAGCGCGGCAAGCUGCAAUCCGACUUUUCCCAGGGUUUUCAGCAUUACGGCGUGACGGGACAGGGGUCGAGUCUGGGCUUUCAAUCCAACAUCUAUACGGAUUACCAUAGUUAUCAGAAUUUACCCUCGAUGUCCAGAUCGCCCUUUCAGAUGCAGUUCCCGGCCAGCCCGGGAUUUUCGCAUUACAGCACCACCUAUAGCCAGGACGCGACGUCCGUUACGAGCUCCACCAACAACUGCCAACAGACGCACUCGCUCAUGCAACACCAGCAACACCAGCAACACCAGCACCAGCACAACAACGUCAUCUACGACGCGCCUUUUGGCCAGGACGAGAUGACGGGGUCGCAGUACACAAAUCUCAACACGCUUCAGUCGAUGAAUUCGGUCGUGCCACAGAUGGGCAAGCUAGAUUCGUUCUCAGAACUCCUAUCUUCCAGAUACUCUUACUAUGGUAACUGCCUCGAAGCGCAACAGCAGCCACAGCAACAGCAUCUGCAGUCUCAGGAGGAACAGCAAGAACACCAUCAUCAUCAGCCGCAGUCGCAGCAGCCACCGCAGCCACAAUCGCACGAGCAAAUGCAGAUGCAACACGAGCAAACGCCACAGCAACAGCAACACUUGGAACAACUUCAGCAGCAGCAGCAUCAGCAGCAACAACAACAACAACAACAACAACAACAACAACAACAGCUGCAUCAAGUUUAUCACCAAGUCAACGGGACUAAACUAGAUCUAGCAGAUAAGCUGCAUCAUAAUAAUUCGCUCGAGCAGCAAGAGCAGCAGCAACAGCACAACGGGGACGAUUGCGAUGACAAUUUCGGUGAGAUCAUUAAAAAGUCCAUGGUCGAAACCGUCUCAGCCUAGAUGCGCUCGCAGCUGAGCGACACACAGCUGAUCUCGGCGACGGCGGCUCCUCCGAUAAAAACCGCUCGUGUCUCCGACAUGUUAUUUGUACAUUUUUGAAGAGUUGAGAGAAUUUUGAAAAAUGCCAGUUUUACUUGAUUGAGAUUCUUGGGAUUGAUUUUUCGACAUUCGUUGCCUUGAAUUGACGGGUUGUCUGUGCUCUGCAUUCGUGAUGCCUUACAAUUCUUCAACAGAACAUCAAGCGUAAUUUUUUUAGAUUUAUUUCUCGGUAAAACUUGUGCAAUAUACAUAUAUAGUAAUAUUAUUCAUUGAUUAUGCUGGUGCAUUAGUCAGUUUUGUAUGAUUACGAAAAAUCGGGAAAAAACGAAUUUUCUUGAAUUCCUCUCUGUAUCUGUGUUUAGUCCUGAUUGAUCGAUGUAAGUUACUUCAAUGGAAAAGUAAGCAUAAAUGUAUGUGUUCAAAUCAUUUUUGACUUGUACGUUUAAGUAAGUUUAAUUCGUUGUCAGAAAGUUUUCUGUGGUGUGGAAAGUGAAUAUUGUAAUCUUGUAAGUUGUUGUAUAUUUUUGCAAUACAUCAAUUUUAAUCGGCGCUAAGUACAGGCACAUUAGUUGAAUUAAUCUCUUAGCGAAUUUUGAGAUUCCAAUGAUGCGUUUGAACAAUAUCAAAAGAUAUUCAGCUUCGUACCUGAGUUUUCAAUCGUACAUGAAAUUUUGUGAAAAAUUAGCUAAACGAAUAUGAAUUUUGGAAUCUCAGGUGUAAGCAUAAAUAAAUGAUUUUAAAAAUAAAUUAACUGCGAAGCUCUGCUCCAGAGCACAAAUAGCGAGAGAGAAAACUUGAAAAGUUAUUGUUUUGUUCUAUGAUAUUGUGUUUUGGAACCGACAAAAUAUCAUACCUGAAAGUAAUAUUGUUCUGAACGACAGCCACGAAAGCAAUCACGAAAAAAUUAUUAAUACUGCGUCGUUCAGUUGACAAGAAACGAAGCUGCAUAAUUUAACAAAAAAGUAACUGUUCGAGAUUUUCAAACGUUCUAAAAAAAAUGGUGCGUCCGCCCGGGAUGGACGCAAUUACGUCGCACUGUGCUACUAUUCCAAUAAAUAAGACUUAUCGAAGUAUCGCAUGUAAGCGCUACAAUAACGGGCGAUUUUUAAAUGUUUGUAAUGGAACUAUUGACCAUUAGUUGAAAAAGUUUUUAGAUAAUUGAACAACGUAUUUAUGAAAUUGCGAAAAUUUCAGCGAAAUUGGAAAAAUAUUAUUCCAAAAAUAAUAAGAAUUCAACGAGGUUGUGACCAAAACAUUAUGGGAUCAGCUUAUAAAAAUGCAACAAUUAAUUUUAAAAAAAUUAAGUUUGGUAUUAUUUAAGUUUAAAACAUUUGAGUUUAUCAUGAAUUUUAUUUUAUGUGAUGAGAAUUAAAAAUUAAAUUUACGCUCGGGUCGCAUAAAGUUUUUGACAUAUUGUACAAAAAAUCACCAUUAUCCAAAUCAUGUAAAGAUGAGUCUGUAAGUGUUUGUUCGAUUUAUUUAACUGUACUUAACGGACCCUCUCAUUCAUGUAUCGAGAGAUAUCAAUGAAGAUGUCAUUUAACGCACAGUAUGUCAAAAAAAUUUGUACAUAGCGGAUUUGUUAUUUGAAUUUUUUCUUAUUUCAAAUCAAUUAUCGUAAUUAUAAAAAAAAAUGAAAUAAUUUACUGUCGUUACACCUAUAAAUGAAUUUGGAAAUUUCAUACAACCGUGUUUUCUUCAAAAGCUGACACCAAACUGCCUUUAGAAUUAAUUUUGUUAUGAGUUUCUUAACGUUUUUUUACAUUUUGUAACUUUUCCGUAAAUUUAAAGAUAAACAGCGUUAUAAACUAUUAGUGGACCAUAGUUGCGAAAAGUUUUAUUGACUUCUCGUAAAAAUUAAGAUUAUUGCAAUUUAUCCGAAAUGCAUUCGUUCAUUGUGCGGUGAAUAACCAUGAAAAUGUGUAAAAUCGUAAGAUUGAUUCGUUGCCUUGCUUCAUUAAUUUUCUAGCACGCUCUUUAUAGUAGUUGAACAAAUUUUUAAACGAAUCUAUAUUUAGCAUCCCGGGACGUUGAUCGCUAAAAUUCUUAAUUGACGCAAGUACUAAUUUAUAAGAAUAAAUUAAUGAUAUGAAUAGUGUUAAAUUUAUACAUACGAUAUUAUAUAUUAUAUCGGUCGUGUCAGUUCCCGAGUGUUUUUCCGGCGAAACACUUCCGUUUUUUAAUUGUAAGUACACAAUACCUCUGCGAUUCAAUCUUUUUUUUUGUUCGCAGAAAUAUGUAAAAACUAUUAAAAGUAGGCAAAUUACCGGUUUGGUUUCUAUUUGUUACUGAUAGAAUGUAAUAAUCUUUGGCGACUUGAAUCGAGUAUUUGCGUUAAAUAUAUGAUAAAAAAAAUUAUUGUACGAAGCGAGGAAUGUUGCGGCAUUCAAUUUAUAUGUAUUAGAACGAUGAAUUUGAGUUUUGCUUUUUAUGUAAUUCAUAGACCUUAGUAAAUGUGUUUGAUAAUUGAAUCAGGCGAAAAAAAGGCAACCUGACUUCUUUUUACUUUAUCAAUAAUUGGUACUACAUAUUUCACGAUUCAAAGCAAAUAAUCGGUCGAAUCAUACACAUUUACUAAAGCUCUUUCAAAAUUUGAGUUUAAAUAAUCAAACUAAAAAUAUAAAAUGAAAAAAAAUACAUAUACACUAUACGUAUGUAAGUAACUUUUAGAUUAUUUGAGUAAAAAAAGCAUGAAUAGUUUAUAGUGUUUUAUUAAAUGUUGUGAAAAAGUG